UUGACGCAAGCGCCGCCUUCUUCCGCGCUCAUAAAUUGUGUUUACAAACUUUCGUUCUGCCAGAAGUUGUUUUCAAGCGCAGAAGUCAAGAGAGUCACGCAUCCUUCAAAAUGAGAGCCUACAUUUUCCUCGUAGUGCUGGCGCUCACCUAUCUACAAAGCUCCAAUGCUUCUUUGGUCAUAAAAGGUCCAUCCGAGCAGAUUUUGGAAGGACAGGAUGUGACGCUGGAGUGUGUGGACACAGACUCUGAGUUGAAUAUAAGCUCAGUGCACUUUGAGAGGUUCUCUAAGUACAUGAAGAGGUGGUACCGACUCGAGUCAGAUCAGGUGUAUUUCUACCGCCGCUGUUUCCUGUAUGAUGUGGAUGUGAGAAGAGAGGAGGGCAGACUGCUCCUCUUCAUCUCCAGCAUCCAGUCAUGGUCUGAGGGUCCAUACCGCUGUAUCUCCGAGAAUUCUUCUGCACCAGACAACACCUCCCAGCCCCUCACCAUCCCCAUUCACUAUAUGCGAGAGGUGUCGGUGCACAGGGCUGGUUUAGGCUACUUAACCCGUUAUUUCAACUCUGUGCAGGACCUAAAAGUAAGAUCAGGGGAUGAUGUGGAGCUGGAAUGUUCCACCUCUGCUUCUGAGACACCUGAGUACUUCUGGGCCAAAGAGGGAGAAGACUGGAUUUUGCCCUCCAAUAAGUUGAAGUUGGAGCAGGUGAGGGCCAUGGAUGGAGGGAGAUACACCUGUACGGCUCAGUCCCCCACUAUGCAAUCCCUCAUGAAGAAACGCACAAUCAACGUCACUGUUUUGCCAGAGGAUGCAGCAUGGUAUGAGUCAACCACUGAUCACGUUGCUCUCAUGGCAUCUGCUGCAGGAUUGCUCCUUCUGGUGAUUAUACUAUCCAUGACCGCCUACCUCUGCCACCGAGCCAAACAGAGGAAGAGCAAGGGACCCAUUGAUGACCGCUCCCAGAAGAAACCCAUCUACAGAACCAGUGUGGAGUCCCUGCCCUCCACCGUGUCUGACAAGCAGCCACUGGUGUAGAGUGAGAUUGAUGGAGGACCAGAGUGAGGAGAGAAUAGAAGACAAGAGAAAAACUAUAAGGGAAUAUUACGUGAAAGAGACUAGACAGCUUUUGUUCACAGAUUUUAUUAUGCCAUGGGGUCUUUACUCAUAUAUAUUAUUAGAAGACUGUCUAUGUAGUGAAAUGAAAAAUACAAAGAUGACUGUUUUUCCACAGUGGGUCCUUUCUAGAGUGUUUACCAGUGCUUUUCAAGAAAAGGUGUGCAAUUUUCUCUGUAUUGAUUCAACAACCCAGCAAAAUUGAGAAAUGCUUAAAGAUGCUUUAUGGGUUGACCUUCACUGAUUCCUUUUUUAAUUUUUUAGGGAAAUCACUGUCUGCAGGGGAUCAGAUCAUUUAUUCAGAUAGAAAAUUUUGGGGGGGGGGGGUUUGCUUUACAUAAAUGUAUAAUGUUCUGUUUUGCUUUAAAGGAGCAUAGAUAAGAUCCCGACUAACACUGAACCAGUUACUUUUGAGCUCUUUGAAACUCUUGCACUUUUUGCACAAGUUUGAUUUUCCCUGUGUAUCUUUGAAUUUAAAGCUUUUAAACUGAUUUUACAACAUAA